AUGCUUCAUCUGCUUCUCUUGGUACUAGUUAUACUUUUACUAUAUUGCCGCGCCAUACAAUGUUUAAGUUACUGGAAGAAGCGAGGAGUUCUACAAGAGAAUCCGCAUAGACUGUUGUGGAAUAUUUUAAGAUUCCGAUCGCGAUCAGAACCACGAGCUUCUAAAUUAUCGUCAACAUAUAAUUUAUCAAGAAAUGUUAGAUACGUAGGAUAUUAUCACUUUACAACUCCAAUUCUGAUGAUAAAAGAUGAAUGGCUCUUGAGAAACAUCGCUGAAAAGGACACAGAAAGCUUUUUCAGUCCUGACCAAUGUGUAUUGGAAAGUGAUGAUCCAUUACACAACAUAAACUUGAGAGACCAAAACUGGAAAGUGUAUCUGACAAAUAGUGACCUGCGACGAAUGUUUCCACUUUUAGAAGAAUGCUGUCAAAUUUUUAUUAAAACUUUUAUGAAAAAUGAUUUGGACAUCAUUGAUGUACCAAUAAAAGAUGCUGCUACUCGUUUUGUUACCGACAUAAUAGCAUCCACUGUUUUUGAUCUUUCUUUGAAUCCUAAGGAUAAGGCAAAUAAGGAAUUUUGUCGUAUGAUCACAAAUAUCAUGAAUUUCGCUCAUUUUAAAAGGCAGUUUAAGUUUUGGGGGUAUUUCUUUAUAUCGAAAAUAUUGCAACUACCAAAUGUAUAUUCUAUUGACUGUCAACCUAAACAGUAUUUCAUGGAUCUUCUUCAUGACAAAUUAAAAUCAAGAGCAACGAAAAAUAUUGCUCGUCCUGACAUAAUUCAAUUAAUCUUGGAAACAAAGUACGAAGAAAUGCAACUAACAAAGCAAGAUUUAACAGAUAUAUCCAAUAAUAUUGAAAAUUCUCAUUUGAUACCACCAGCAAUUAGGAACGCGGAUACAUUGAAACACUCUCUACUGUAUUGGUUAGCUGGACUGGACCCCGUUUUAAAUUUGAUUUCUUUCGUAGCCAUCGAGCUGGCCUUAGAUAAAGAUAUUCAGUCAAAAUUAAGAAUAGAAAUUGACAACAGCUUUGACCGUUGCUAUGGAAAGAUGACUUACGAUAUCUUAACGAAAAUGGAAUACUUAGAUAUGGUUGUUUCAGAAACCCUUAGAAAAUGGCCAUAUUUCGACUCCAUCUACCGCAUUUGUAACCAAACGUAUAUUAUAGAAUCUAAAACUAGCAAAAAAAAAGAAGUCGUGUUGGAAAAAGGAUCUAUUCUGUGCAUACCAGUAACCCCCAUGCAUUACGCUCCCAGAUACUACGGUUACUCUAAAAGAUUUGAACCAGAAAGGCUUAGCAGCGAACACAGAUGUAUCAUCGAACCCUACACAUAUUUACCUUUUGGUCUAAGUGAAAAUGGCUGUAUAGGUUCCAGAUUGGCCGUUUUACAAACAAAGGUGUUUAUUGUACAUUUGUUGCAUCAUUUCGAGAUAAAUUUAAGCGAGGCAACUAAACUACCUCUAACAUUAUUUAAAGAAAAGUUGUAUCAGUAUGUUCUUGAGCAAAUAAAACUUUCUUUUAAAAGAAGUAAAGACUGA